GCUGUGUGCACACACCGAACGCCUACCCUCUGACGUCACCGCGGAUCGCCGCUCGGCUCGUGGCGUCGCCUGUACUGAGCCCCUCACCCCGGGGUACUGAGGGAGCGUCUUCUGAUGCAGAACAAUGGAUGAUGAAGAGAAUCAAGAUAAUCUAAUAAACAGGAAUACCUCACAGGGUAAAAACCGGCACCAAGGACUCUUUGCAUCAAGUGAUGAUGAUGAUGUUGCCGAGUCUGAAGAAUCAGGGAGUGAAGGUGAAGAGGACGACCUUGAUGAAGAGGAUGGUGAAGAGGAUGGUGAAGAGGAUGGUGAAGAGGAGGAGGAGGGAUCUGAUUCAGAGGAAGAGGAUGAAGAAGAAGAAGAGCAGCCAUUACAAAGCUCAGGACCUGCUGUUUCUGCAGCAGAUUUGAAUGAUGGUGUGAGCUCAGAUGAGGAAAGAGAGAACUGUCCCAUCUGUCUGAAUGGAUUCAGAGACCAGGUUGUGGGAACCCCAGAAAACUGCAACCAUUACUUCUGCCUGGACUGCAUCGCAGAGUGGUCAAAGAAUGCCAAUUCUUGCCCUGUGGACAGAAUCACUUUCUCCUGCAUUCAUAUCCGGGCACACUAUGGUGGCGAGAUCCUAAAAAAGGUCUCUAUACAAAACAAAAACCUGAUCGAAGAGGAAGAGGAUCCAACAAACUGUGAGGUUUGUGGGCGCAGUGACCGCGAAGACAGACUGCUACUUUGUGAUGGCUGUGACGCUGGGUAUCACAUGGAAUGCCUGACCCCGCCUCUCAAUGCUAUUCCAGUUGAUGAAUGGUUUUGCCCAGAGUGUGCCCCUAGUAAUCGGCCAGGUGAAGCAGAACAAGUGAGUGAAGAAGAGGUGACCAGCUUGCUUGCCGAUGUGAUUCCCACCACAAGUCGGCUCAGGACCAAUAUUGUAAGGACUCGAGCCAUUGCACGUACCAGGCAAAGUGAGAGGGUGAGGGCCAGUGUCAACAGGAUCCGCACAACAGCACGCAACACACAGAAUGUCCCCAGAUAUGUGUUGUCAUCUCUCCUCGAUGAAACCAUUGAAACGGUUGUGGCUGGACUGAACAGUGCUGUGUACAUACGUAAUCUUGCCCCUCGUCCUGCAUCUACCAGAAGGAAAAGGAGAGUCGUCAAAAAGGGUCAGCCCAAAGUGUCUAAAGGGAGUCGUGGCGUGGGUAAAAGGCGGAAGCGGCGAGUCAAGAGACGAAAAGGAUGGAGGAAAACUAAUAGAAAAGUUCCCACUUCUCAUAGGCGCAUAGCUAAAUCCUUGGGUAUGUGUAAUCCGACCCGAGGGACUACAUUACCUCGUAUACAGAGAUCAUCAGAGCAAACACUGGGCUCCAUGAGAAGUGACAUUGGCGCUGCCACACUGUCUGUAUUUGGAAGCGCAUAUGACCUAGAUCCUUUUGACAGUAAUGAGGAUAAUGCAAGCAGUCCAUCAUCUCCACUGACUGCUAAGAGAAGAGUUCUGUCUCGUUCUGCCUUGAGGUCUCAUCAACCCGUUGCAAGACCAAUCUCUGUGGGACUGUCACGAGGCAGCGUGGCACCACUGGCUCUUGGCUCGGUGGCAGUGGCUGAACCUGUGCCAGAUCUUCUGGGAAGCAUCCUGUCUGAACAGAGCAGACUGAUGAUGACGAGCUCAGAUAUCGUCAUCCGUAGAGAUGGAUCCUUGUCGACUAAGAAAGCUAAAGAUGGAACCUCACAGAGAAAAUCUAGAGAAGCUGUUGCACCAGCAGACAUAAUGGAACCAAGCCCGUCUCACUCAGGGUCCCCAACAACUACAUCUUCCAGUACAUGGAAACCCAUUGAACAGCAGCCACCCCAACCCAGUUUUUCUCCAGCUGGUCUUUAUUCUUUAUCACCAUCACCAUCACCACCUUCAAGCAGCUUAGAUAGGUUAUCUGGUACCAGUCCUUCAGUAUCUGGAGGACCCAACUUCAGACUAAGUAAUGCUUUUACACCAAGGGUAGUCCAGGUACAUUCUUCUGGUAGCCGCCUAAAUUCUAAAUCUGGAGAGACUUCACGCCUCAAUGGGACUUUUCACAAAGGAGAACUUACACAACCGAAGAAAACAGAGAUCAAGUAUACUACCAAGCCACCGUCGCUAAGACUUGACAUUUCGGAAUUUCCCCGGAUACCAAAGAUCAAAAGGGAAUCUGACAACAUCCCUAGUAAUGAAGUCAAUAAGCAACUGGAACCCUCAACCAAGAGCUCAGGAGCUCAUUCUUCAGGGCCUACCAUGAACCAACUAACUGGUCGAGAAAACAGUAAGCAGUUAGGCAGGUUUUCUACAGCUGAAAACACAGAAAGAAACACCCGACAAGAGUCACAAGCACAUUCAAGAAACACUGGUGGUACAUCAUCUAGUGAAACGGCAUCAAGCAGUAACAAAGCACCAUCUUAUUCUAACAGUUCAAGGAACAUUGGUUCUUCAGAUUCUGGAGGAGGUGGACUUCGAAUAACGAUUAGCGGAAGUUCAACAAAUUCCUGCAGACAAUUUAGUCCGGUUUCAAAAGAUCCCUUUCGUACUUCAGAUGGCAAAAUGCCACAAAAGGCGUCAUCCCCUUAUUCUACAACAGUCAAGAAAGAAAAAACUGUUAAAAAUGAAAUUUAUGAUCCUUUUGAACCAACAGGUUCAGAUUCAGGUUCUCCCAGUAGCAGCCCAGAAAGGCCAGCUACACCGCCACCACCUCCCCCUCCCACUCCUCCCCCUCCUCCAUCUGUAGAAACUACUGCAAUUAAAACUCAAUCUAGUGGGGUAAAAGUAGGAGCAUUUCGGAGCUUUAAAUUUACCAGCCACUCAAGCAAAGUGAGUGUUUUCAAACUUGGCCCAGGCUUUUCUGGAAUGUCACCUACCAAUAAAGAGCCAGAAGAAUCUAUAAGUCAAGUUAAUGAAAGUCCUAUCAUUCCUUCAUUUUUAAAGUUGGAAAAGGAUAUCAAGAAAGAAAUAAUUCCGGAAGAGACAAAUGAGCUUCCACCCUUUAGGAUAUCUUGUCCGUUGGGACUAAAAAUUACAUCUGAUCUGAAAGCAGGAGGCACUCGUGGAUUUCAUUUUGAUGUAGAAAACGAACACCCUGUAGUUUCUGUUAAACCUGAUCCAGACGUUCUUCCACAUAGGACUUGCCUUCAAAGUACAUCAAGCAAUCGGUUAGUUUGGGAUUCAGAAACCCCACUUGAACCCACUAGCCGUACCAGUGAAACGAAGAAGAAGAUAACUGUUAAAGAGGAAUCGAAAGAAGGCUCAAGUUCACGAUUGAGACCACAUUCCCGAGAGCGAGAUUCAAGAUCUGCUUCUAUGUCCAUUGAGGACAGAGAAAGGGAUAGAAAAUUCAAGUCAAAAUCACACAAGGGAAAAAGAACACGUAGUGACAGAUCAAGCUCAGGAAGUUGUGAACGUUCUAAGAAAAAGCGCCAAAAAGAAAAGAAGAAAGAGAAAAAAAGAAAACGCUCGGAGUCUAGGGAAAGGAGGCGGUCCAGAUCGAGCAGCCAUAGCAGUUCUUCCCACAGAGCAUACAACAGCAAGAAGAAGAAGAAAAAGAAGAGAGAUUCAAGAAGUGAAUCGCCAGGCUAUUCCAUUAGUCCUAUUCCUGAUAAAGAGAGAAAACGGAAACACAAAAGUGAAAAGGGUUACUCCAGCAAGGAAGGGAGCUCCAGGCCAAAAGAGAAAAAGAAAUCAAAGGACGAUCGAGGAAAGCAAAGAUCGAAAUCGCCUCAAGUCGACACAGAAUUUAAAGUUCACAAAUCGAAAGACAAAACCUAUUUUCGAGACACCGAAAUAACUAGACAUAUCGUGUUGUCCCCAAAUAACAAUGAAAACACUAUAACGUGUACAGUUAGCUUUAAAGCGGAGUCUCCCACAAUUACCCAAGAGACAAAGAAGUCUGUGCUCAGUCUACCAAAAGAGGAGGAAGAUGAAGAUGACUCUUUCCUUUUUUCUGAAAGGAAGGUUUCUAUUAAACAGGAAUCGGCUUCAGACAUGUCUGAUCACUCAUGUGAUGAGAAAAUUAAGCUUGAAGCCAAUAGCCCUCCAUGGUCACCUUCUCUUUUGGAUUCUUUGCUACCAGACACCAAGAGUGAAGAUGAUCCAGAGCCUCCCUCACCCCAGGAUGCUUCUCCUGUAAAUGACUUCCAUUCUGAUUCAGAAAUUGCAAGUCCUCAGAAUUCUCCCCUGUCUGUAAUGUCAGAUAUACCAAGUCCAAAGCUGCAUAGUCCACAUGCUGGUUCUGUUGAAGGAGCUGUUCAGUCUGCCCCUAUUUCACCAGUCAAACAGGAGGUUGAUGACCUUCAGUGGUCACCAUCACAUUUAGAUGACCUCCUUCUAAACGAUCUUUCAGAUGAUGUAUGCUCUAUAGAUGCAGCCAGCCCUGACGAUGUUGACCUAGAAGAAGCUAUAUUAAUGAAGCGGGAAGGUGACUUUAAGGAGCAGACUUUAAUUAACUUCUCCAAAACAUCAGUCAUUCCAUUUCUUCAAGAUGAUGAAAAUUUGUUGGAAACAGAGGCUGGAAAUCACAUUAAUGAAAAUACCUCAAAAAGUAAGCCUUCUGAAGAAAGCAAGUCUGCUGAUGAGCUUAAAGAAAAAGAACCCACUUCCACCUCCAAACCUCAGAUAAAGAGAGUCACCUGGAACCUUCAGGACAACGCGUCUGAGGAUGAAACCCCAGACCAAUCUCCGUCUUCCCCCUUCAACAACACUCAGCAUGAUGAGUCUUGGUUAUCCCCAGAGAAGCAUACAGAUGAUAAAGUAUCCAGUUAUGAACUUGACCCCACUAGUGAGAGUGAGACAUCCACUUCAGUUACCUGGACACUACCAGACAAAACCACACAAGACUCCAGGAAAGAAUCCUUAACUCAAGCUUCAUGGGACGCUGGCAUCAAAUCCCCGACACACAUUGUGAAUAAGCCGGAAGACAAACCUGCAAUCCAUACGGUAGACUGGCACACUGCACAAGCUCCUGCGAAAGAUGGCAGUCAAGUCCCCUGGAUUGCAACUGAUACGCCCUUGCAGGUAUUUCCACAGACCUUGCCUCCAUUACCUCUCCCACCAAUCUUUCCUCCCUUUGCCCCUGUAAGUGAGCCCACAGCGCCAUGUGUGGUUCAGAGCAGCCAAGCAGUCCUCAGCCAAACCCCAAAAGCUGGCAGUCUGGCUGCAACUAAUGAGCCGAAAAUGCAAGCGGCAAGCACAGGUGAAGGAAAGGGAAAAUCAAAACUGAAAAAAGAAGAGGUGGUUAAAAAUGAAGAGUACAUGAAGAAACUUCACAUACAGGAACGAGCAGUCGAAGAGGUCAAGCUGGCCAUCAAACCAUUUUACCAGAAGAGGGAAAUCACCAAGGAUGAAUACAAAGAGAUCCUGCGGAAAGCAGUACAGAAGAUCUGCCACAGCAAGAGUGGGGAAAUUAAUCCAGUCAAAGUGGUGAACCUAGUGAAAGGCUAUGUGGACAAGUACAAGCAUAUUAGAAACAAGAGUAAGAAGUCAGGAGGAUUAGAUGAUCACCUCUUCGGGCCAGAUUCACCAUUAUGAAGAAAGUGUUGUCAUGUUCGAAACCUAGACAGCGUAGAUUGCUAGAUGUCACAGUGGAAGAUUUGUAUAAUACGAUGAUUCUGGACACUGUCCUUUUUUGUUUUCAAUGAUAAGCUCAUCUUGGAUUUUGAUUUGAUGGUUUUGUUGCCAUAAACUGCACACCAAUCAUCUGACAGUCAUGUGAAGUUUCACAGUGGCCCACCAAUGUGCCAAGGCACUGAGGAGGUCCUGAGCGAUGACUUUUCAACACUUUGGCAUCAAAACUGGGAUUACUGUGGAGGUCGUUGUCAUUUCCCCUACAAUUUCUCUGUGCUUACAGAGGUGUAUACAGAAGGAGGAAUUUGUAACAACUAUUUUUGAUGGCUAUGGAUACACUUAUUUUAAUUGCCAAAGGAGGAACUGAGAAGGGGACCCAGUGCUUUAUAUUCAGAGCGAUAGAAGAAAAUGUUCUGGAAUAAAGUUUGUCCUUUGACAAAGUAAUAUGUAUAAAGGACAGUUUAUAAAUCAAAUUUUAAUUGUUUCAAA